CGCACAACAUGUGCUUGUGUUUUGGUCUCAAACAAUUUUCUUUGCAGAUUGUUUGAUAAAUUUCUUUCUCUUCGUUUGUGAUUGAAAGCUGGUGUGUAAACAUUUUCACAAUGAAAACGUCUAAGGUUUUCGUGAAGAAGACCAAAAGAGGGACAAUUUUAAAGAUUGUACGUGAGCAUUACCUCAGGACAGAUUUAACUUGUGGGUCGUAUUUUUGCAAAAAAUGCUUUCAUGCGCCAAAGGAUUUGAUACUGGAUGAAGUGCCUGAGAUUUUGAGCUCAACUUACAACUUCCACCAUUAUUUGUUGCUAGACACAAAUAUAAUUCUGGAUCAGAUGGACAUUCUUGAAACAAAAGUGCUUUCGAACAUUAUUCUCCUUCAAACUGUUCUUGAAGAGGUGAGGAACAGGAGCUCAUCGAUAUACAAGAGGACCCUUGAUUUGGUCGGGAACAAAAACAAAUACUACACCUUUGUAAAUGAACACCACAGGGAAACCCAUGUGGAAUCCAAGGACUGCGAAUCAUCAAAUGACAGAAAUGAUCGGGCUAUCCGCCGCGCUGUUGAGUGGUACAACGAGCACCUUACAACUCCAGGAGGAGUGAGUUUGAAAGUGAUUUUACUGACUGACGACAGAAAUAACAGGGACCUCGCUAUUGCCCAAGGAUUAAUUGCUCUUUCAAUGAAAGAUUAUGUCCAAACCCUGGAAAAACACCCGUUUUUGCUGGACAAGCUCAGCCACAAAAGCUACGAUGCAGACGCUGAUGGCAAGUUGAGAGCUCCUCUCUUUCCUGCACACUUGUCGGCUGAACAAGUUCAUAUUGGAAUCAAGAAUGGAAAACUGUUGCAAGGAGUAUUUUACGCAUCCAGAGACAACUUCCUUGAAGGCACCGUCAAUGUUGACGGAAUGGACAAAUCUGUUCUACUUCAAGGCCAUGAAGGGUUGAACAGAGCUGUAGAUGGAGAUCACGUGGCAGUUGAAAUGCUGCCAGAAACCCAGUGGUCAGCACCAUCGGAAGUAGUGAUGCAGGAUGAGGGUGGCGAUCCUGGGGACGUUAAUCCUGAUGAAGAGCAAGUGCUUGAGUCCGCUGUGAAUGGCAAAGAGAGAACACCGACAGGCAAGGUAGUUGCCAUCAUUCGUAGGAACUGGCGCCAGUAUUGCGGAGUGAUUCAGCUUGGAUUCUACCAAGGAGCCAUAAAUCACAUUUUCGUGCCAGCUGAGAGAAAAAUUCCUAAAAUUAGGAUUGAAACUCGUCAAGCUGAUGUGCUUGCAAACCAGCGCAUCAUUGUCGCUAUUGACUCUUGGUCUAGAUACUCUAGAUACCCCAAGGGCCAUUUUGUGCGAGCGCUGGGAGAAAUUGGAGACAAGGACACGGAGAAUGAGGUUUUGCUUCUGGAACAUGACAUACCACAUACCAAAUUCUCAGACGCAGUUCUUGCUUGCUUGCCCAAAAUGCCGUGGGCUAUCACUAAAGAGGAUGAGGACUGUCGGGUUGAUCUGAGGAACGUAUGCAUUUGCAGUGUGGACCCUCCUGGAUGCACUGACAUUGAUGACGCUCUCCAUUGCUUCCAGCUCCCAAAUGGAAACUAUGAGGUUGGUGUUCACAUUGCUGACGUGAGCCACUUCAUCAGACCUGGCACUGCGCUUGACAAGGAAGCUUCAAGGAGAGGCACGACCGUGUAUUUGACUGACAAAAGACUUGACAUGGUUCCAGAACUUUUGAGCUCAAAUCUCUGCUCGCUCCGUGGUCAAGAGGAACGUUUAUCGUUCUCAUGUAUUUGGGAACUGACUCCUGAUGCUCAAAUAUUGAGCACCAGGUUCCACAAGAGCAUUAUCUGCUCCAAAAAAGCAAUGACUUAUGAAGAAGCGCAGUUGAUCAUUGAUGACUCCAGCCAAAACGACGAUUUGGCGCUUGGGUUGAGAGGUCUCAACAAUUUGGCCAAGAAACUGAAGAAGCAGAGAACUGACAAUGGUGCACUGGUGCUUGCUUCUCCUGAGGUUCGUUUCCAUGUGGACAGUGAAACACAUGAACCGCUUGAGGUGGUAGUGAAAAAGCUCCGAGAUACCAAUUCUAUGGUAGAGGAGUUCAUGUUGCUGGCAAACAUUUCGGUGGCCACCAGAAUUUUGGCUGAGUUUCCUGAGUGUGCCAUUCUCAGGCGGCAUCCCACCCCUCCUAUUUCCAAUUUUGAACCGUUAAUGAGAUCUUUGAAGACCCAGGGAUUUGAUCUUGAUGUGACAACAGGAAAAGGAUUUUCAGAUAGCUUGGACAAGGCAGUUAAACCUGAAAAUCCUUUCUUCAACAACAUGGUGCGAAUUUUGGCCACAAGAUGCAUGUUGCAAGCCGUUUACUUCUGCAGUGGCAUGAUUCAGCCUGAUGAGUACAAGCAUUAUGGCCUGGCUGUUCCAAUCUACACCCAUUUCACUUCGCCUAUCAGAAGAUACGCUGACAUCAUGGUGCAUCGUUUGCUAGCCGUGUGCAUUGGGGCAGACCACAUGAGUCCUGAAAUGCUGGAUAAAAACUUCAGCAACCAAGUGUGCAAGAAUCUGAAUUACAGGAACAGGAUGGCUCAGUAUGCUGGUCGAGCUUCAGUUGCUCUUCAUACACAUCUCUUUUUCCGCAACAAGAUCCAAGAUGAGCAAGGAUACAUCCUGUAUGUGAGGAAGAAUGCUCUUCUCAUCUUGAUUCCCAAGUAUGGUCUCGAGGGAACUGUGUAUGUUGCUCCCAAAAAAGGGGAAGUGCUGCCAGUUACUUUCGUUUACGACGAAGAGCAACAAACGCAGACGUGUGGUUCAGUGGUCUUCAAUCCAUUUGAUCCUGUUAAAGUGCAGCUCAGUUUGGACCAAAGCGAUAGACAGAGAGAAAAGCUUGUGUUCAAGCUCGUGGAGCCUGUGAUUCCUGGCUUCAGCGUCCCAUCUGUUGAACUGCCAACUGAGGAACCCAUGGAAGUAGAAAUCGUUAGUGAAAAAGCGAGACCAGCUGCACCCCCAGCAAAGCGGACAAAAAAAGGAAAACGCUAAAGGAUUUAGUUCGUUGAGAAUGUAAUUUUCAUUUUAUUAAAAUAAAGUACAUUUAACAAACAAAA